UAUUUUGGUCCUUCUUCCUCACUCAUGAUCUUGCGAUCUAAAACCAAGCAGUCGGCUAAAAGCGCUAAAAUGACGCGCUCGGAAACGGGUACCCCUGCCACGGGUAGGCUCGGCCAGUCCAAAAAGUUGGAUCACGGUGCGGCCGACGCCACCGUACCACCCGCGGCUUCCGACCCGCAAAUCCCCGGGACGUCUCGCGAGUGCCUCACAACCGGCACCAGCGCCGAACAAGUUAAUGUUCCCCUCAGUUGCAGGUCUCGCGCUUCGGGCUCUACGCGAUCAUCGGCCACGAUUAGGGCACGACGAUUGACCGCGGAGGCCCACUUGGCCCGCAAAAGCAUAGAAAGGGAACAAGAGCUCUUUCAACGCGAGCGCGAAAGCCUCGACAACCAACGGAAACUCCUUGAGCAGGUUAAACAGGUAGAACAGCUUGAACUUGAAGCGAAAAUAGCCGCCUUAGAAGCCGAGGAGCGAUCCAAUCACACGAAAAUACGGCGCGUCUACAUAACGCACUCCGCGGGCCCGCCCGGGAGGCCGUCGCCUCUUUACUCAACACCGCGGCAGCUUCCGAAGAUAUCAUGGCAGCACUCGAACGUACAUUUGCUUGUCCCGAAAUGAUUGUCUUCGGCGAAGUUCAGAUUUUGAAAACGCUGCCUCGGCUCGGGCCUGACCUAAAAGAGAUAGGUAUUUUCGCUAAUAAGGUACGCAAUUCUUUGUCUACUAUGAAAUUACUCGGCCUACGAGAAUAUUUACAAUCGCCGGAGCUGUUUCAUAAUAUUCUAGGAAAAUUUAACCCUUUAAUGAAAAUGAGAUGGUCUGAUUAUGCGUCAGAUUUGUCAGAAACGUCAAACCAUCUCAAGUCAAAGUUAGAACUUUUAUCUGACUUUCUAACACGCGAACACGAACGCUAUAUUAAAUUCGCUUUAUCGCCAGAAGUAGGGCUUUCUAUGUCUAUACCGCAACAAUCACGAGUACAUUUUCCAAUGAAUAAACCAUUUAAACGUGAAAAUAUACAUUCCGUCACUCAUGACAAAAAUAAAACGAUUGGUAAGAUAGAGUGUGUUUAUUGUAAAAAAUCCCACAAUAUUAAAAACUGUACUGAAUUUAUGUCGUUAUCUGUUGACGAUAGGUGGCGUUGGUUGCGUGAACACAAAGUUUGUUAUAAAUGUCUAAAAGACAACUCACACCUAUGGAAAUUAUGCAAAAGCAACCCUUGCGGGGUCGAUGGUUGUACUUUUCGACACAACCCUCUUUUGCACGGCAGGCAGGAAACGUUUACAUCACCGCCUCCACCCGAUACACGGAUUAAUAACAUCAUUUGCGUUCCUGCGGCUGAAAGUGGUACCCAGCAUUCGUCGAGUUCCUCGCCAGCCGAUAAUAAGGUGUCAGACAAUAAUGUGACUGUGUCUAAUAUAGGUAUAUCGUGUAACCAACAUAAAACGUCUAAUGAAAUAUGUUCAAAUAUUACAAUGUUGAAGGUUUUACCAGUGACACUGUCAGGGCCAAAUGGCAGCUAUGAAACCUUCGCGUUUCUCGAUGAUGGCAGUACUGCGACUAUGAUCGAUUGUAAAGUGGCUGCUCGCAUAGGUUUAAUAGGGCCUGAAGAGAUCAUAACUGUCAAUGGUAUCAUGGGUUUACAAACAACUACAAAGGUAAGGUACGUUGACUUUUACAUAAGAGGUAAAUAUGAAUCUGACAUCCAUUUGGUAAAUCGUGCUAAGGCUGUACAAUCGUUAGGCUUGAACGAACAAACUCUAUCUAGAGAGACUAUUGAAUCUUAUGCUCACUUAAAAGACCUAGCCGAAUACUUGACAUAUGCUGACGCUACACCAACCGUACUUAUUGGUGCUGAGCAUUGGCAUCUGUCAAUAUGUCGCGAGGUUUGUGAAGGCAGACGUAACGAGCCCGCCGCUUGUCGCACUUUGCUUGGGUGGACUUUGUAUGGACCAACGAGUAGCAAAACCAAGCCAGUCGAGUUCGUCAACCAUUGUCAGUUAGACCGCACUGAACCUUCUGAGAAUGAACGCCUGGAGUCACUGAUAAAGGAGCAAUACAAACUCGACUCGCUCGGUAUCUCUAAGCGCGAGACUCUAUUUAGCAAGCUAGACUCCCGUGCCGUCGAGAUUCUUGAUGCUACCACCACACGCUUACCGACCGGUAGAUAUGAAGUAGGUCUUCCGUGGCGUGACAACAUACAGUGUGUUCCCGAUAGCUACCCGCAAGCUUUAUCAAGAUUUCUAAGCCUCGAAAGGCGAAUGAUUCGUGAGCCCGCCUUUGCUGACGCGUAUAAAAAGUUUAUUGAUAACAUGAUUGCUAAAAAUUAUGCUGAGGAGUGCAAUCCCGGCACUUAUUAUAAUCAUCUUAUCACUAAAAGCGUCAACACCAGCAUUGAUCUCAAACGCGAUACCAAUUUAAGCGAUUAUUCAAAUAAAAUUCACACCUUAUCUGAUAACUUACAACCUAGUACAGUCAGUCCGAAUAAAGCAGAAACAAAUUUUGACAUUGAGCUGUCAAGUGUGAAUAACAAUAAAAAUAAAUUAAAAACCGAAUCUGAACCUAAUAAAAGUGACAUUAACGCAAGAAUAAGGUGGUAUUUGCCUCAUUUUGGCGUGUACCAUCCACAAAAACGUAAACUUCGUGUUGUCCACGACGCAGCCGCGACUAAUCAGGGUGUUUCAUUAAACUCGUUGCUGCUUCAAGGACCUGAUCUUUUAGAAAAUUUAUUAGGUAUUUUAUUUCGGUUCAGAGAGGGCGCUGUUGCUAUAACAGCUGAUAUUAAGGAAAUGUUUCCUCAAAUAAAAAUCCGUGAACAAGAUCGUGACGCACUACGUUUUUUAUGGCGCGACGUUCAGUCAAGGAAAACAACGCCUCUAAAAGAAUAUCGGAUGACAGCUGUCAUUUUUGGAGCAUCGUCCAGUCCUUUUACUGCGUUGUACAUUAAACAUAAAAACGCUAUGUCU